AUGGUGCAACCUUCGAAGAAAACUUUCGACGACCCGUUUUCAAUUGUCAGCCAUGAAAUGUCCAACUUGGCAAAGCUGAUUGCGAACUUAAUUGGCUCCGGCCACCCAAUUUUGAAUCGAGUAUCGAGCUACUACUUCGAGGCCGAGGGGAAAAACGUGCGUCCGUUGAUUGUUCUAUUGUUGUCUAAAGCGUUACUGCAAAUCCCCCUCGAGCAAAGAAAUCGGAUUGUCAUCGACACAGCCGAUGUGUCUGAACAGAAACAAUAUGCUGGCGUGCCGCAACAAACGGUGGUGGCGGGAAACUCUGUAAAUAACUCCAUUUCGCCACUUGCUAUCUUGCACGGCAUCAACCCCAGAGUGAUUUUGGACCCGUUGUCCAAACCCAUGGAUCAACUCCCUGAAUUGGACGCUGCAAAUGGGAUUCUUCCCAAACAACGGAGAUUAGCCGAGAUCGUGGAGAUGAUUCACACGGCGUCUUUGCUCCAUGAUGAUGUCAUUGACUUGUCCGACGCCAGACGCGGCAGGCCAAGCGGGAACAUUGCAUUCACUAACAAAAUGGCCGUAUUAGCCGGAGACUUUCUUUUAGGUCGUGCAUCUGUGGCGAUUGCUAGAUUGCGGAACCCAGAGGUCAUUGAGUUGUUGUCCACCACGAUCGCCAACUUAGUCGAGGGUGAGUUUAUGCAAUUGAAAAACACCGUGAUCAACAACGACAAUUCUACUGUUACCAAUGAUGGUGACGUGAAAGAGAUCCCUCACCCAACCGGCAAGGUUCCCGUGAAACAGCAUGAAUACCUGGUCUCUGCCCCAGUUGAGGUGGACCACAAUACCAAUGUCGAUGCCGCGUUCGAGUAUUACUCACAUAAAACUUACUUGAAAACAGCCUCAUUGAUGUCAAAGCUGUCGCGCGCAGCUGCGGUCUUGAGCGGGGCCCAGGACAAUAUUAUCGAGAACUGCUACGAGUUUGGCAGAAACUUGGGGUUGUGUUUCCAAGUCGUCGACGACAUGUUGGACUACACUUCGAGCGAUGCUGCCAUUGGCAAACCUAGCCAGGCGGACUUGAAGUUGGGAUUGGCCACUGCACCUAUUUUAUUUGCAUGGAGAGAAGAACCUCAUUUGGGCGAGCUCAUUGGCAGAAAGUUCAGCGAGCCCGGUGAUGUGGAAAUUGCUAGAAAAGCCGUGGACAAGUGGGGCGGAGUGGAAAAGACGAGGGAGAUGGCCCAGGAAUACUGCGCCAAGGCGUUGGCGAACUUGAGAGUGUUGCCUGAGUCAGACGCGAGAAGCGCGUUGGAGCUCUUGACCAACAGUGUCUUGACGAGGACUAAGUGA